AUGUUUUCCUUCAGUAGAUCUCCGUACAUGACAGCGCUCUUCUCUUUUGGCGUCUUCUUGCUGUUUAUCUUCCUCCAAAACACGGUGAUUUACACCUCCCUUCAAACGGUUUUCUCCACCGGAGGUCUGUGCGCCUGUAAGAAAUGUGUGAUGGAUCUGAACGACGAUGACUGGUUCUUCAUGCGCUUCAACCCCACAGUUCCAGCUCUGCUGAACAGGAGAAACAGCGCGAUGCGGUCAGACGUCUUCACGUGGUGGAAGGGUCUGCAAUCUGAUCCAAAAAAGGCUAAUUUCUCAGAUGUGGUGGACGUAUUGUUUUCUCUGUUCCCCGAUGAAGAACACCAUGUAGUCACCGAUCCAAAUCGAUGCAGGACCUGUGCUGUGGUGGGAAACUCUGGGAACAUCUUGGGAUCCCAUUAUGGUCAACUAAUAGACAGCCACAAUUUUGUCAUAAGGAUAAAUAAAGGCCCAACUAAAGGCUAUGAGACAGAUGUGGGGUCUAAGACCACUCACCGGAUCAUGUAUCCCGAGAGCGCUGUGGAUUUGGACAACUCCACUCAUCUGGUGCUUCUGCCCUUUAAGAUCAAAGACAUGCUGUGGCUCAUCAGCGUUUUCACCACUAAACACGUCACAAGCACUUAUACAAGAGUGAGACCUUCCAUUAAUGCUGUUCGAGAGAAGGUGAUGAUUAUCCAUCCUGCCUUUAUAAAAUACGUCUAUGAGAGCUGGCUGCGGAAACACGGCAGUUACCCAUCAACUGGAUUCAUUACGUUGAUAUUUGCCCUGCAUAUCUGCGAUCAGGUCAGUGUUUUCGGGUUUGGCGCUAAGCGUGACGGGAACUGGCAUCAUUAUUUUGACAAUAGCUUGGCUCACUUUAGCAGAGGCUUACAUCGGGGAGAUUAUGAAAGCAGAACCAUACACGAGCUUUUGCUGAUGGACAAGAUUGCCUUGCAUAAAGGGGUAUAAUAUGACAAGUUGCGUGUUUCUGGUACAAGUGAAGCACAAAAUUAUUUAUAUGAAUAUUUAUUAUUAUCUAUUUUUCCUGUUUAAUCAGGUGGGUUUAUUAGCAAAAAGAUUCUUACAAUGGCCUGACAUGAAGUGGGUUAAAUAGAGAAAUAAAUAAUAAAUAUACCAUGUAUAAGAAGCCAAAAUGGUGUCGCAGUUGAAAACAGUUCUGUAAAGUUGUGGAUUUAGAGCUGCUGUUACAUUAAAUCGCAGUAUCUAAAUAUGCAAAAUGAUGUGCUCUCACAUGAUUUAUUUAUUGUAUUUGUGUUGUAUUUAUUUACACUGGAGUAAUACUAGUAUAUUUAUGUACUUUUGUCCUU